GAGGCGGAAGUGAAGGCCGCGCGGGCGCGGGCCUCCGGCGUGGUGCGGCGGUCCCCGUCCGCAGGCCUCCGUCCGUGGCCGGGAAUGGCGGAAACCGAGGCGGCCGCGGACGGUCAGGAGCCGGCCCCGUGCGAGGAGGGCUCGGAGCUAGCGGCCGUUAUCGGCGCCACUGUGCCCACUGGGUUCGAGCUGGCGGCGGCCGAAGAGGUGCAGGAGAAGCUGGGCUCGGCCUCCAGGAUCAGCAGGGACCGGGGGAAGAUCUACUUCGAAGUCCCGGCCGGGAGCCUGCCGCAGGUGCAUCGCCUAAGGUCCGUGGAUAAUUUGUUUGUUGUGGUUCAGGAGUUCAAGGACUAUCAGUUUAAAGCAAGCAAGGAAGAUGCCCUAAAGGAUUUGGAAGAGUUGGUUAAAAACCUGCCUUGGUCCAGUCCCUUGAAGGUCUGGGAGCUGAACAACAGCCUGAAGAAGAAAAAGAGCAAGCGCAAAAAGCCAAACGUGCAGCCUGCUGCCAGCAGAGAGACGCUGCGGGAGGAGGGGGAAGAGGAAGGCUCAGAUCCAAAAGGCACAAGUGGAGAAGAGGACUCUGCCCACAACUCUGCCAGUGUGGAACUCACCAGUGACCAAGACACAGGAGAGACAAAAGCAGCGGAGGCUCAGAACGGGGAGGAGAAGGAGGGUGAUCCUGAGCAGUCAGACAGCAAGGAUGAGCUGCAGGAGGGCUCUGAGAGCGUGGCCAAGGCUGGGGAGGCUCAGCCGAGUGAGGGAGGCACAAAGGUGCUGAAGUUCCGAGUCACCUGCAACAGGGCAGGGGACAAACACAGCUUCACCUCCAACGAGGCUGCCAGGGACUUCGGGGGAGCUGUGCAGGAGCACUUCCAGUGGAAGGCUGACAUGACUGACUUUGAUGUAGAGGUUCUUCUGAACAUUCACAACAAUGAAGUUGUUGUGGGUAUUGCACUAACUGAGGAGAGCCUGCACAGAAGGAACAUCACACACUUUGGCCCCACCACCCUGCGCUCGACGCUGGCGUAUGGCAUGCUGAGGCUCUGUGAUCCACAGCCAACAGACAUCAUCGUGGAUCCCAUGUGUGGCACUGGUGCCAUCCCCAUAGAGGGAGCCACGGAGUGGCCGAGCUGCUACCACAUUGCUGGUGACAACAACCCACAGGCUGUGAAGAGAGCAGCAAACAACAUCUGCUCUUUGCUAAAGAGACAGGAGAGUAAGGAAAGCAGCUCUGCCCCCGGCAUACCCUUGGACAUCAUCCAGUGGGACAUCUGCAACCUGCCCCUGCGGACUGGCUGUGUGGACAUCAUCGUGUCGGACAUGCCCUUUGGGAAGAGGAUAGGGUCAAAGAAGAAGAACUGGGAUCUCUACCCAGCCUGCCUGAUGGAGAUGGGCCGGAUCUGCGUGCCAGGGACCGGCAGGGCGGUGCUGCUGACGCAGGACAAGAAGUGCUUUGCCAAGGCCCUGUCACGGAUGGGCCACAUCUGGCGCAAAGGCCAAACCGUGUGGGUGAACGUCGGGGGGCUGCAUGCAGCUGUGUAUCUGCUGAGGCGCACCUGGGAGCAAGCAGAAGAGCGGAGAUCCUUCUGGUGACCUGCCUGGAACAACAGGGACAGCUCCAGAGCCCUCUCAAGAACACAGACACCCAAGAGCUUCACUCGCUCAGUGCCUGGGCAAAGAAACCAAACAGCCUGUCUAGAAAUUGCAUAACAAAUACUAACCUGGGGGCCAAUUUGAGAGCUACCGGUUGUGCUCUGUGUUCUGAAACCUUGUUUAUGUCACCUCUUUCCUCUCUGCCACCCAAACUGAAGGUCAGUAAGGGAAUUAGUAAUGGUUUCCUUCACCAGAGUCUUCUCUGCCAUGUCUGUGUCUUGUUCAGUUAAAUGUUUGUUUCCUCUGCUUGCAGUUGGAAAGGUUGAGGCAGCUCUGGGGGUAACAGUCGAUUUCCUUCCCUAGCUGGAGAAAUCACACUUGUAUCUUCACAUGACUAACGGCUACUGCCCUGGCAGCCUGAAGGCUGUAGGGGGUGUUACCUCAGGUGGCAUCUCUUUAACGGAGGGUUUUCCAGAUUGAAGUAGUCUAAUGAAAUAGCAUUGCCCCCACGUACAGCUGCACUGCUCUGAUAAGCACUCUGUUCGUACACGGUGUGCUGCUGCCGCUGCCUUUCUUACUGCUCCCUCAGCUCACUGCCAACCCCCAGUGAAGGGCUGAGCCACGCUUGAGGGGGGCAUUGCUGUGGCAGGGGCUGACACAGCCCUAGCAAACUGCAGUUGCUGCUUGAGCACAGACACCCCGAGCAGCUGCCUUGCUGCGCACAGGCCCGGGCGGAGGUGCUCAGGCCAGCAGGGGAGCUGUGUGCCGUAGCUACGGCGCCGUGCUCCCGGGGGCGUUCCCCCCAUAGCCCAACCGGCAGCUGCUGUUCUGUGGCUGUGCUGCGGGUUCUCAGGCCUCUCGCCCUGCUCCUCGGGCUGACAACACCCGCUCCCGGUUUCCAUCCUCACUGAGUUCGUGCUGUGUGUGUUCGUGCCGAGGCCAGUUAACUAAUAUUAAACCCUGGGCGGUUCGGCACCGGA